GCAUUCUCUUACAGUGACAGUGUAUGCAUGAUAAUAUAGUGAGUACAGGAGCCGUGUUUGCAGUGAUAGAAGACAAUCACGAGUGUAAGAGCCGUGAUUGCAGUGAUAGGAGACAAUCACGAGUAUAAGAGCCGUGAUUGCAGUGAUAGGAGACCAUCGUGACAUCAAACGCAAUUACAGUUGUUUAAGGAUUGUUUUGCCGCUAUGUGCAAUCAUUUGUUGAAGUACCCAUACAUGAAGCGUACAGUAGCCGCUGUCGCCCUCCUGCAGCUCAUAUACUGCUUCAUCGAGACCAAUCGAGCUGUACAUGAAUCUUCAAUCUUCACCAACCUCGCCGAUGAGGAAAAUGUCAGGUUCCUGCCGCCAGCCCUAAACAAACUUGUUGUUGCCAACCAGAUGCUGGAUUUGAUCCUCAAAGUCACUGGGAUAAACAACACAAAGGUCAUCAAAUUAAUGAAAGAAACUUUAACUGAAACUGAAGAGGAUUUGACUGAUAAACUGGCCAUUCUUAAGGAUUUUGCAGAAACGUACGCGUGCGCAACCUGCGUCGACUCCCGUCCGUUACCAAAGACCGCGGUCGACAUUCGCGUACGUCUUGCAAGCACGGGCACGUGGCACGGAGUUCCGGCGCCCGUUAUGACGUUCCGGCCGCUCGGUAGACUCGGUAACCUCAUGAGUGAAUAUGCAUCGCUGUACGCAUUGAAGAAUUACAGCGUAACGCGAUUCCUGAUGCCAUCACUCCACGAUAAAGUCAAGGACGUGUUCAAGAGACUGUCUAUACCUUACCUGAACAAAUGUAUCAACACAGAAGGACAUGCCCAAGCCUGUCCUCCUUGCAGCGGCAUCCUGUGCAGGAUUGGGAUGACUUCCAAGAGACUGGGUAUCCCUAUACCCAGCAUGUUUGAAGACAAAGACUGGAUCUCAAUCGGCGGCGACUUCGGCCCUGUUGAGUACAGCUAUCAGGCGCAGCAACUUGCUGCUGCUGGCUUACUGGGACCUCAUGCUUUUAUAAUGGAAG